GUUCCGGUUCCGGGAUUCUGCUUGUUGUUAGAAAGCUUUGAGGUGUUGGCGGGUACUGGGGUCCGAUUUCUGCGGUUCGAGGGGUCGCCCGAAGCCCGCUGCUGCAGACAUGGCGGCCUCCACCGCGGCCGGGAAGCAGCGGAUUCCCAAAGUGGCCAAAGUAAAAAACAAAGCCCCAGCUGAGGUACAGAUAACUGCUGAACAACUCUUAAGAGAAGCUAAAGAAAGAGAACUUGAGCUUCUUCCACCUCCUCCUCAACAGAAGAUCACAGAUGAAGAGGAGUUAAAUGAUUACAAACUAAGGAAAAGGAAGACUUUUGAAGAUAACAUAAGGAAAAACAGGACUGUGAUUAGUAACUGGAUAAAAUACGCGCAAUGGGAAGAGAGUCUAAAGGAGAUUCAAAGGGCUCGAUCCAUAUACGAGCGUGCUUUAGAUGUGGACUAUCGAAACAUUACACUGUGGCUGAAAUAUGCAGAAAUGGAAAUGAAAAAUCGCCAGGUCAACCAUGCCCGAAAUAUCUGGGACCGGGCCAUAACAACUCUCCCACGAGUCAACCAGUUCUGGUACAAGUACACGUACAUGGAGGAGAUGCUGGGAAACAUUGCUGGCGCGCGGCAGGUGUUUGAGCGCUGGAUGGAGUGGCAGCCUGAGGAGCAAGCCUGGCAUUCCUACAUCAACUUCGAGCUGAGAUACAAAGAGGUGGAUCGGGCCCGCACCAUUUAUGAAAGAUUUGUGCUUGUACACCCUGAUGUCAAGAACUGGAUCAAGUAUGCCCGCUUUGAAGAAAAGCAUGGUUAUUUUGCCCAUGCACGGAAAGUGUACGAGAGAGCUGUCGAGUUCUUUGGAGAUGAGCAUAUGGAUGAGCACCUUUAUGUCGCCUUUGCCAAAUUUGAAGAAAAUCAGAAAGAAUUUGAAAGGGUACGAGUGAUCUACAAGUAUGCACUGGACAGAAUUUCAAAACAGGAGGCCCAAGAACUCUUUAAAAAUUAUACCAUCUUUGAGAAAAAGUUUGGUGAUAGGCGGGGGAUUGAAGACAUCAUCGUGAGCAAACGGAGAUUCCAAUAUGAAGAAGAAGUGAAGGCUAAUCCACACAAUUAUGAUGCCUGGUUUGAUUACUUACGAUUGGUGGAAAGUGAUGCAGAAGCAGAAACUGUGCGAGAAGUAUAUGAAAGAGCCAUUGCCAAUGUCCCACCGAUCCCGGAGAAGAGGCACUGGAAGCGUUAUAUAUAUCUUUGGGUCAACUAUGCACUCUAUGAAGAAUUGGAGGCAAAGGAUCCUGAAAGGACCAGGCAAGUGUACCAAGCCUCUUUGGAACUAAUUCCUCACAAAAAGUUCACAUUUGCCAAAAUGUGGUUACUAUAUGCACGGUUUGAAAUAAGACAGAAAAAUUUACCAUUUGCCAGAAGAGCUCUGGGAACUUCCAUAGGCAAAUGUCCAAAGAACAAGUUAUUUAAAGGUUAUAUAGAAUUGGAGCUACAGCUUCGAGAAUUUGACAGAUGCCGGAAGCUUUAUGAAAAGUUCCUGGAAUUUGGACCCGAAAAUUGUACUUCUUGGAUUAAAUUUGCAGAAUUAGAGACAAUCCUUGGUGAUAUUGAGAGAGCCCGGGCAAUCUACGAGUUAGCCAUCAGCCAGCCACGCCUAGACAUGCCAGAGGUGCUUUGGAAAUCAUAUAUUGAUUUUGAAACUGAGCAGGAAGAAACUGAAAGAACACGAAAUCUUUAUCGACGAUUGCUUCAACGGACACAACAUGUCAAGGUAUGGAUCAGUUUUGCUCAAUUUGAGUUGUCUUCAGGGAAAGAAGGAAGUUUGGCUAAAUGCAGACAGAUUUAUGAAGAGGCUAACAAAACCAUGCGAAACUGUGAAGAAAAGGAAGAGAGACUAAUGUUGUUGGAAUCUUGGCGAGGCUUUGAAGAUGAAUUUGGAACAGUAUCAGAUAAGGAGAGGGUGGAUAAACUCAUGCCAGAGAAAGUCAAGAAGAGAAGAAAAGUCCAGGCUGAUGAUGGGUCUGAUGCAGGCUGGGAGGAAUACUAUGAUUACAUCUUUCCAGAAGAUGCUGCCAACCAGCCCAACCUCAAACUCCUUGCCAUGGCCAAACUUUGGAAGAAACAGCAACAGGAAAAGGAGGCUGCAGAGCAAGAUCCAGAUAAGGACAUUGAUGAGAGUGAAUCCUGAUUUUUUUUUUUUUUCAUAUUAAGUAUUUUAUUUUUAUAAAUUAAUACCUUGGAACUCGUGUGACGACUCUACAUUUUUGUAUAUGUUACCAGUAAUGAAUUGAUUAGAAUCUUUGACAGAUAACUUUCAGAUUAUUUUUAAAAUGCUCUUGGGUUAGUUAGGGGAGGGAGAUUGCAAGUACAGGAAUGUUUUACCUGUUGGAUUUAUCUGUUUGAGGCCAAACUUUUCUAACCAGUUUGCCCAUGUCGUGCAUUAGGAAAUCUAGUUAAGGGAACACUUAGCAUCUAUUUUUGAUGGAUUUGCGGACUUUUGAGGGUCUUUUUCUACAAGUUUUCAGGUUACAUUCUGCAGUGACUUUUAUAGUGUAGUUUUCUCAUGCCCAUGUUCUUCAUUCAUCUCAAACUGUAACUUUUUCAGGUCUUCAGAGUCACAGACAUGAGUUCAUUUCCCAGCUCUGCCAUUUAGUAAUCUAUAAUUAACCUUUAUUUUCACUUUCCUCGUUCAUAAAAUGUGGCAAUAGUUUGCCAGCCUAUUCUAAAGAUUAAAUUAGAAAAGGAAUAUAUCUGUCAUAUAUAGGUGCUCAUUAAAUGUUCAUUCCCAGCCAUUUUCAUAAAUAUGUUAGUUCCUUGUAGAGUUGAAUGGGCUUAGUUUACUUUUAACUUGUAAAUAUCCUUACAUUCUUAGUAGUAACCAUUAAAUACUAGUGCUUUUUAAAACAUUCCUUGGAAAAUAAUUUACAGUGAUUAUACUUCUGAACAAAGUCUUUUUUACCUAGAACAUUUUAGUCAAAUCUCACUUAUGCUCCAAUUACAGUUUCUCAAAUUGGUUGAUCUUUGUAAUGCUUUUUUUAAAGGAUAGUAAGUGUGCUGUGAAAGCAAUGUCUUGCGUUCAGGUAAGUCUGGGAAACCCUGGGUUAAGAGUUAAACAUUGUUAAUCAUUCUCUUUAGGCUUCUUAAAGCCCUUGAGUUGCUACAUUAUGAGUCUCCAGUAGUGAAACUGUCAUCUUUCCCAAACUUACUGGACAGUAGAAUCAUUUUUACCUAGAGUACUGAUAAGCAUCUCCUAGAGUGCUGCAGUAUGUUUACCUGUUAACACCUGACACCUUAAACUUACCCUUUGUGCUAAAUAAUGAAAGUUAAAGUAGCAUAUUUGCUGAUAGGUGUGCACAUAUUCUCAAGCAAAAAGUAUUUGCCUGAAUUAACUGAGCUGAGAGGUUGUUUCCUUCAGCCUGGCCUGUAUUUCUCAAGCCUCUUUUUCUUAUUUUGUUCACUGCUCAAGCUAUUUGAUUAGCAUUACCUUCAAGGCUUUUUCACAUGAGAACCAUUAAUGAGUACAUUUAUUUUUUAAUUUGCAAAUUUACUAAGCACCAAGGGAAUAAAAACUAGUCAACAGUGUCACUAAAUUGUAUCUUGAAAAUAAGACAGUGUUUGAGGACAGAAGACUAUAGGAACAAUUUGGAUAAAAGGCAAAUCCACUGUCAGCCUCAUUGCUUUGGUCACUGGACCCAUUUUGUGCUGGGGAGUCAAAAUUGGUCGACUGUUGAGUAGUGGUCUGUGAGGAAGAGAAUUCGUGAUUUUAACGUCCUUCAUGAAGUCUGUAGGGUCCAGGGCUGAAAACAGGUCAAAACACUGUAAGUGACUAAUCAGGGAGUCUUUCUAGAAUUAUAUUUUCUGUUUACAUUGCAUAUAUUCAUUUAAAAAAUUACUUAUGUUCUCAGUAUAAACUCAGAUUCUGGCAAGUCAAGUGCCAGUGUUAAAUGCAUGAAGGAAAAUGUUAUGUUCUCAUGAGAGUACAAAAGGGAUUCCUUUUUCAUUCAACCAAAAUAAGUCCUUUCAAAAGUUAAAAGGUUUUUAGUAAUCAUUUCUUGGGGAUUUUUCUCUAGCUGCUUCUUCCACAGAUAUUACAAGUGAUGAAACUACACAUGGAAAUACGUGAUUGGGCUAUGAUCUCAUUAUAUGGCUUUUCUUCAGGAAUUAGGUACUUUUUCCCAAAACCUUUAAAAAAAAAAAAUCAGCAUCUUUUUAUAUUCAAAAAAGGCAAGGUUUAAGCAAAGUAUUCUGAGAUGAGACAGAAAAAAAAUCAGGGACUAACAGUAUGAAAACAAGUAAUUGAAAAAUAAUUUACCAUGUAACAAGAAGGAAGCUUAAGUGCCUGGCAAGGAUUGUUUCAAAUGUGCAUAAAAAAUGCUUUAUAUAUAAACCAAUAAUUAAGAGAAAAAACAUCCUAACUGAUGAACUUUCUCAAUUCUGACUUGGUUUUAUAAAUGGCCAGUAAACUUCCAGUAGAGUCAAUGCGUUUUAUUAUACAUCUUAGAUUUAUAAAUUUCAUAUAUGCUUUUAAAGCUUCAAUUAACAGUUCAAUACAAGAUUAAAAAUAUAUAUAUAUUUGCAGCAGUGGUUCUCAGGCACAGAAUUUAGGAGGCGGCUGGAGCAAGUGACUAUCCCUAGCUUAUAGUCAACACUAUGAACCAUGAGAGUGGAAUGUCUCCUCCUGACCCAGCUGCCUUUCUGAUUGAGUUUUAUUACAGUGAACAGCUUCAGAAGGUUGAUAUUGCUAAUUGGAAACAAUGAUAUAUAGCCUGUAUUCUCCUAACAUCUUUAAGACCUAAAUGAUUACUUUUCUCCUAAUAGAGCUCCAAGAUCAUCCAAUGAAAAUCAUAUUGUCCAUAAAAUCUCUGGAGCAUCUGCCUAAGAACCACUGCCCUUGGUUAUUCAAUGUCUUCUGGCCUCACAGGAUGAGGUAAAGGUAUGAUGGAUUUCUUCUCUGUGUCCCUGGAAAGUGCUUUCCUCAUAUCUGUUAGGAAACAAAAGUUAAUGUAAGUACCCAAAUAUAAGAUCAUUUUAUAUAAAAUUUAAAGUGUAUAGGUAAAGUUACCAUAAAAAGUUUGUUCUCUACCUCCACUUCCACAGAGUCCAAGAGAAGGAUAUUUCUAAGUGAGACUCCUAAUCUUAAGUACAAUAAAUGCUACCCAAACCCCAUAUGGAAUUCAGCUCAUCACACAAAUGUUCUUUUUACAGAAUCUUAGUAAUUUACAGAAACUGACCAUUGAUUAGUUAAUACACAUUAGGUAAGUUUGUAAAGGCAUGUUAGAGGAGAUUUAAAUAUGUUUAAAUUUGAAACAUUAAGGUCAACAAAUACCCUUCAGUAUGGUGUCUUUCAACUGUAUUACAAUAAUUGAAUAGUUCAGUCUGUGGAAUGGGUGUAAAUGUUUCAGCCUCCUCUUGGGAGGGUUGCUUACCGUAAGCAUCCUCAUCAGGCUCUCCAUUGCUGGCUGAAUAGUACUCUAUGACUGUCCUAUAUACGCUGUAGCCCAACUGCUUGUACAUGUUGACUGCAACUUGGUUGGAUACUCUUACAAAAAGAUCAACAAAAAAUCCACCCUUUCUUUAAAAAAAGAAAAAAAAAAGUUAGAAUGUGCAAAACCCUAGAAAAUAGACACAAACAAGACAACCGUUGUUUUUACUUUGACUACUUAUAGUAUGGUAGUAAUGGGACCCUGCAGCAGACUGCAUCAUAAUAAUCAAUUUUUGCUACUUAGGAUUUAUGACAACUAUAUUACAGUACAAAAAGAUGACUUUCUGUUUGCAUACUAAUAUUUCAAAACUACAUGUUUUCUUAAAAGGCAAACCCCCCAAAAGCAUUUAGCCACAAUUCUAAUCGCUGUCUUAAAAAAAUUACUGUGUCAUGGUAAUGAUAUGCUCAUUUUUCAAGUCAGUCCUAGUGUUUCCAUCCAUAUGUAUAUGCACAUGGUACCAAUGAAAGAAUAUGAAGUGAAGCCCCGGGUGGCCAUGACCGACCCCACUGCAGCUGUGGGAGAUGGGCUGCAUCCCCCAGGGCCCUUGGGUCAGUAAUGUCCCCUGCUUAUCCACAGGACUGUGCGUCUGAUUCUUGUAAUAAUCAUCUCUUUGCUUUUUGCUGUAGAUUUGCUACUUAUGGCUGAGUUUCUCUUGUUUCUGAGCUUUAUAUAGAGGAAUCCUACCUUAUAUACUCUUUUUCUGAUUUGCCUUUGCCAGUCAAGACGGUGAGGUUUCACCUUGUGUGUAGCUGGAUGCUGUGCAGCAUUCCAUUGUCCUCUUGAUAAAUGUUUCUGGACUCUUCUGUUACAGUGUGCUGCUCUGCAUAUUUCUGUAGUGUGCCUCAUGGUGCAGAUUUAAGGACUAGAGCUGGGGUAGGGUUUCACUGCUGGGUCACAGGAGCACGCACACCAUCAACUUCAUUAGUGCCAAGUUAUUUCCCAAACUGAUGAUACCAGCUUGCACUUUCAUAGAAGUGGGUCAAACUCCACUCCACAGAACCCAAGCUCACUGUGAUUUUAACUUGCCUCUCUGAUUCCUAAUGAAGCUGAACACAUUUUUACAUUUAUCAGCCAUUUGGAUUUCUCCUUUUGUACAGUAUUACAUAUUUUUCUUUGUUUUCUAUUUGCUGAAUAUUCAACACUGCAAUGUUUUUGCAAAUAAUCUUCCAAUUUCUGGUAUCUUUUGAUGAAAUAAGUUACUUAACUUAAAUGUUGAGUGUAUGAACCUUUCCUUUAGUCAGUGCUUCUUAUGGCUUAAAUUCUCUAUCCUGAGGUCACGGAGACACUCUCUUAUGUUAUCUUCAAGGGGCUUUUAAAUUUUGCUUUUUCACAGCUAAGUUUUUAAUAACUCUGGAAUUCAUUUUUUGCAUCUGGUAAGGUAGUAAUGUGUUUUCUUACCAGACACUCCCAGCUAAACUAGUACAGAGUCUAAUACAGCUGUGUAUAUGGAGGGGCAAGUUUGCUGGUUUUGUUAUUGAUCAUCAAGAAUAACUUGUCUAUUUUUGGCUCUUUGCAUUACCCUUUACGUUACAGAAUCAGCUUGUCGUUCCACAAAAAUACCUGUUAGGAUGUGGAUUGUGAUCGCACUGUGGAUCAAUUUGGGUAGAAUUAACAACCUUGCAAUAUCAAGUCCUCUAAUGCAUGGAUGGGUUUUCUCUCCAUUUAUGUUUUUUUAUGACCUUGAAAAUGGCAUCUUUUCUGUUUGUAUAUAGAAAUGGAAUUGACUUUUGUACUGAUUUUAAGCCCAACAGCUUUGCUUAACUUUUGAUUCUAAACAUUGAUUUCUAGAUUGCUGUGGCGUUUGUUUCUUUCUUCUCAAUCCUCAUCUCUUUUUCUUCCUUUUCUGUACUGUGUAGGUUUUCCAGGAAAUUAUUAAAAAGGGGUGACUCCAGGCAUCCCUGUCUUGUACUUGGUUUUCAAAGGGAAAGCAUUGGAAAGCAUUCAUUGCAUUCUCAUUAAAUAUAAUGUUCAGUGCAGGUUUUUUGAAUAACUCCUUUUUUAAAGUUAAAGUUCUCCCCUUUCUAUAGUUUGUUAGCUGUUUGUGGUUAUGAAUGAAUAUUGGAUUUUAUCAUAAGCUUUCUCUGCAUUUACUGAGAUAACAUUUAUUCUUUACUUUGUUGGUGUGGUAGUGUGUAUUAAAGACAUCUAAUGUUAAAACAACCUUGCUUUUGAUGUAUUAUCCUUUUAUGCUGAUGAUUUUGCAUCUAUGAGUGAGCGUUUCCUCAAAUUUUCCUCUCAUACUUUUUGUCAAGUUGUUAUCUAGGUUAUCCCAGUAUUUAAAAAUAAGUCAAGGAAGGAAUGUUCCCUUGGGGUUUGUGUAAAUUUCUUAGAUGUUUGAUAAAAGUUAAUAGAAAAGCCAUAGUUUUCUUUAUGGACAGAUAUUUUGGCUACCAAUUGAUGAAAUUCUUUAAGGCAUGGAUCCACCUGCCAACCUUAUUUUUGUAUUGCUCUGGAACUAAGAAUGGUUAUUUCAAUUUUGAAAGUUGUUCUUAAAUUUAAAAGAAGCAGCAACAAAGACCUUAUAUGGCCCACAAAGCCUGAAAUAUUUCCUAUAUUGCCCAGAAAAAAAGUUUGUCAACCCCUGUUCUACCAAUUAGAAAGAGGCAUGUUAAAAUCUCCCAUGAUGAUGAUGACUUGAUAUAUUUCUCUUUCUAGUUUCGUCAAUUCGUAUUUUUACUUUGAAUUUGAAUCUGUCACUAGGUACAUAAAAUCUUUUAACUGUUAAAAUGAAUUUAAUCUUUUAUCAAUAUGCAGUGACCCUUUUCACUCUGUUAAAUAAUUACUACCUUGAACUAUAGGAAGUAUACCAAGUUUCUGGCUAGAGUUUACAUGGUAAUUUUUAAAAAUGUCUGUAUUUUCAGUCUUUCAUCUCUUGUAAAUAGAAUAUGGUUCUCAUUAUCUUUGUCUUUUAACUGGAGUCUUUUGGUCCAUAUCACUUUGUGUUAUAAUUAUUGAUAAAUAUUUGAGUCCAUGUCUACCA